AUGCUCUGUGUAGGUUUAUAUCCCCCCACCGCUCAGGCUCUCCGCUGGGACUAUCGACGGCUCUCUCGUCCGACGUCGUUGACGAACCCGACGGGCGACAACGACCCCCGGUCUCGGCUCGCCGUGGAUAUCAUCUAUCAUCUGCCGCUGAUCGACAAGGAAGCGCCGCGCACUCUGGCGCAAGGAUGUAACUUUCAGUAGGUUCCUCUGUGCUGACCUUUUUUUUGAAUUCUGGUCUUCCUUCCGUGCGUGUUUAUAGACCAGGAUUGGCAAUCGUCCUACAUCGAUUGUAAGUUCUCUCUUCGCGCUGAACCAAAUUGACGCCCCCCUGAAACGUGCCUCCUCGGCUGAAAAGUGGAAAAAGUGGGGGGGGGGGGGGGUGGGGGUUGUUUCCGGAUCGGAUUCGCGAAAUCAUGAACUGACUCCUCGAUCCUCUUUAAAUCUUCGGUAACUCCUCUUUUGUUGAACGACAUUCACCUUGUGGAUCUUUUUUGCGGGAACCUCUUCUUCCUCCGCCGGCAUUUCUUCGCUCCAAAUCCUCUCUCACACUUCAGAUUCGGGCUUGAAGCGCUUCAUCAAGGAUCGCCAGUCGCAGCACAAGUGGGACGAUGCCGACGAGGCUGACUUUAUCAAAGGUUUGUUGUGGAGUUUAAUUUGCCUGGAGGUGGCUCGGCAGCGUGCCGAUGAUUUCUGAGGUAUUUGAUUUCAUUCAGCUUUGGAGGGCGAGUUGGACAAGGUCGUCAAGUUCCAAGAGAGCAAGGUGGGUCAGAAUUGGCUCGGCCACGCGAGAAGGCAGUGUAUGACCUUUCCGAGCGUUACGAAACACCCAUCCUUCGUUUGAUUCUUCUGUUCACCAGAUGAGCGAAUUGACGGGCAAGAUCUCGGCCUACGAAGAAGAGGUCAAGCACCUCAUCGCGCACGCCGACGCGUCGGCCCCUCCUACGCCGACCGCCUCGGAAGCAGGUCGACAUCCCGAGGAGUUGGGUGACGAUGGGGGUUCGGACGAUGAUACGGACGAUGAUACGGAGGAUCGCUUCGUUGAUUUGGAGGAGGAUUUGGCCAACGUGAUUGCGGAUGUGCAUGAUUUGGGCCACUUCACCCAUUUGAACUUUACCGGUUUCGUCAAGAUCGUAAAGUGAGUCGAUCUAGGUAGAUACUGUGGAUGGUAUGUCUGGUACUGAUCUCAGUGUUCGGUCCGGUUCUAGGAAACACGAUGUUCGUCAUGGAUUUUAUACCAAAGAGGUCUUACAGCGUAUCGGAAACGGGUACUGACUUCAGGCAGAUGUCGCGUCAACGAACAGAAACGAACUGGGUUCCAACUCCGAGGGCAAUUCAUGCGCAGCUUCCUCGAUCGCAAGCCCUUCUACAAGGAAAACUACGUCAGUCAUCUCCCGCGAUCAAUUCGAAGUUUUUCGCCAUCAGUCGCUGACCCACCGCUAUGCCUAUCUUCGCUCAGGACUCGAUCAUCGUGCAAUUGUCGAGGUUGUACAACCUCGUCCGGACGCGAGGACACCCUGUCAUGGGUGACUCGAGUGCCGGUGGAGGACAGAGCGCUUUUGUUCGACAGACGACCAAGGUCAGUUCACGAGUCGGACUUUGAUGGGACGAAAGGGGAAGCUGAUGUCUAUUUGGCUGGUUCGUGCAUGUUGUGUGCCAACAGUACUGGGUUCAUCCGGUUGGUUUUCGUUCAGCACUUACGAAUCGCUCGUGGGGGUGGGGCGUAGAAAGCUGACAUGGUCGACAAUCCUACAGGACAACUACGUCCAACUCAAGCUCGUCAUCCUCAAGCACUUGCCUGUUUUGGGUAGGUCGUCUUCGAGGCCCCUCCGGUCGCUGGGUCCGACGCUGAUAUGACAUAGUUUCGAUCUGCAGUUUUCAACCCUGAUAAGCCUUUCCAGCAAGAGGAUGCGGCCAUCUCGUCGAUCUACUUUGACAACGGCGUGCGUAGGCGCAUUGCCCGAGCUUAGCAGCUGCCGUUGGUGGUGGGUGGCUGAUGUGUGCGUUUGACUUUGCUCAGGACCUCGACCUGUAUCUGGGACGAUUGGAAAAGACCGAAGGGGCCGAGGCGAUCCGCAUGCGUUGGUACGGUGGGAUGGACGUCAAGACGAUCUUUGUCGAGCGCAAGACCCAUCGCGAGGACUGGACGGGAGAGAAGUCCGUCAAGGCGCGGUUCCCGAUCAAGGAGGAACACCUCAACGAUUUCCUCGCUGGGCGGUAUACGAUGGACGAGACGUUCGAGGCUUUGCGCAAGAAGGGGAAGAAGUCGGAUAAGGAGAUUGAUUCGAUGCUCAAGCUCGCACGGGAGGUGCAGGCCGCAGUCAAGCACAAGAAGUUGGGACCGGUCAUGCGCACGUUCUACAACCGAACAGCAUUCCAGCUGCCUGGUGACGCGAGGGUGCGCAUCUCGUUCGAUACGCAGCUUUCGCUCAUUCGUGAGGAUAACUGGGAUGGCGUGACGCGCUCGGGCGACAAUUGGCGUCGAACAGACAUUGGCAUCGAUUGGCCUUUCCCUCAAUUGCCGGACGAGGACAAGGAACUGUUCCCUUAUGGUGUGCUCGAGGUCAAGUUGCAGACCGAGAUGGGCCAACAACCGCCCGAAUGGGUGCGCGAACUCGUCUCGUCGCAUUUGGUCGAGGCCGUGCCCAAGUUUUCGAAAUUCAUCCACGGUUGCGCGACCCUGUUGCCGAAUCGAGUCGACCUCGUGCCGUUCUGGUUGCCGCAGAUGGAGACGGAUAUUCGUAAACCGGCGACGAGGAAGGCGCAGAUCCAGCGUCCGGCACCGUCGCAUACCUCGCAAUCGAACACGCCGUCGGAUGGCGCGUCUCAUGAAGCCGAGUUGGCGCAGUACACUGAGCCUGUAUCGGAUGACGAGGUCGACGAGGACGAUAACCGUCAUCAGGCGAUCACGUCCGACGAAGCAGGUUGGGCCAACCUCCCUCUCCAAGCCGCGGCGGAAGCCAAAGCAUUCCGUGACGAAGCGUCCAAGCAUGCCGCCUCGGGAGUUGGACAAGCCUUGUCUACUGCGGAUGCUUCGACCUCGGCGAAUGCGAGGAAACAGCAUGAAAUCUUCCCCAAGUUGACGCCCGCGAAUCUGAGCAAGUUGCUGGACUCCAAGUACGAGACCGAACGAUCGAGGGGGUUGAACGAACGUUCUUCUCGAGGUGGUGGUGGAAGGGAGAAUGGGGUCAACGGGGUCAACGGGGAGGAACAGACGAUCAACCCUUCGGGUAUCUCGUUGACGCCCGGGAGGGUCGAGUAUGUCAGUUCAUUCCGCGCGCAGGCGGGAAAGAAGGUCGCUAUUCCGGUCAGGGUCGAACCCAAGGUGUUUUACGCAAAUGAAAGGACGAGUGAGUGGACAUCCUGGCUUUCGAAUGAAGUGGGCGGAGGCUGAUUUGUGGGACCAUUGAUCUUUGCAGCUUUGUCGUGGGUAGAGUUUAGCGUCGUUGUUUCGGCGAUCGGCAUCGGGAUCUUGUCUUUUUCCGAUCCUCAUGGCAAGUCUUUGGAGUGUUUACUCUUUCCCGCCAUCCCCUAUGUGAUACUGAACCGCUUCCUUCCUUCACACAGACGACAUCGCCCUCGCCGCCGCCUCCUCCUUCACCGUUGUCGCGUUGCUCUCGUUGCUCUACACGGGCUACACCUACUACUGGCGCGUGACCAAGAUCCGGAACCGCGAGGCUGUCAUCUACCAUGAUUACUUUGGGCCGACGGCUUUGUGUGCGGUCCUGUUCUUGGCGGUGGUUGUGAAUUUUUCAUUGAGGAUCAAGCAGGGUUUGUAA